UCUGCUGCUCUUAACACACUUAUCACACUUUUACUCUUUACAGGCUGCUCUGGGAAGAAGACACACGAGACCUUUUCCUGGCCACGGAGCCUUCCUGUUCCAUUUAUUUCACAUCUGAGUUGUGCAAAUCCCUUUCAGGUUCCACCUCCGGGCCUGGCGGGUGCCAUUCCGACAACGCUGCCGGGGCCCGAACGAUAUGGAGGUCUGUCAGCUGUGCCAAGAAGAACCAGGCACGCCGAGAGCCGAUGCUGCCCACUGCCCAUGGCUUUCAGGGAUGCGAAUGCCAGGAGACACAUUGGACUCCAGCAACUCUCAGCCUUAGCAUCCACUGGGAGAACAUUCCUGGGGCCAAUGAAAUCACAUAAAUUCAUUGUGGAUGAAAUCACCAACCAGAGCACAUUGAUUUGCUCUGCUGUUAGGCUGAUGGAAAGUUUGGAUUUGACAAGUGCUGUUGGACAGCUUCUUAACGAAACCAUUCAGGCUCAGAACAAGGAGUUUAAGACGGGGAUGAGUACCCUGUUGUUCCUGGUUGGAGCGUGGAGCAAUGCUGUGGUGGAGUGCCUCCAGCAGAAUGUUCCUGUUCCAGCUAUAGUGUCUGUGAUGUCUGAGGGGUUGAACUCCUGCUGUGAGAGAGUCCAGUGUCUUCAAAUGCCAAUACACGAUGUAAAGAAAGAGCUGUGUUCUGGCAGAGUUAGGCCAGAGGCUUUUGAAAGCAAAACUGGCCAAGCUGGCUGUGAUGGUCUUACAAAUCCUUGGAAUUUGCUGUGUUUCCAGAGAGAUAUUUCUGCAACAGAAGAAGUAAUUCCAAUAAAUUCUUGUUCCCAUCAAGGAGAUGACUGUAAUUUUAACAAGCUCCUGGUUUCACCCUUGGCUGGCUUUGGUUCAGUGGCUUCUGUUGUCAAGGCAGUGGGUGACAGAAGUUCAUCUGCGCUGCCUGGAAGCGCUGUUACUGCAUCCAGCUGUAUCGCACGGAAGUUAACCCACAGCAGACACUUCGGCACUCUAGGGAAAAGCCCUUUUGCGAGUCAGCGAGGUAAUGUUCAGGGCCACCUUUCAGGACCAUCAGCAGAUCUGUGUGGAUGCUGCGGUUUAGGACACCUGGCAGUGGCUCUGAGCCAUGGAAACCAGACCAGCGUGAAGCUGCUACAAAGCAUUGCUGCUUAUCAGCAAGAGAGAGCAGAGUGCAGUGGCUCUUCCCAGGUUAAUAUCGCAGAGAUUGUGACAUGCUGUGUGCUGGGCCUGCCCGAGAGCUAUUCCUGUGUCUCCACAGGCUUUGUCACAUUAGUGUCACCAGAGCAAGCCGCGGUCAUCAAACACUUUGCAGACAAACCCCUCCGGGUUCUGCUGAUGGAUGGUGACCUCACGGAGGGGUACCGACACUUAGGUUUUAACAGACCACCUAACGUAAGGGCCAUAUUGGAACGUCCCAAUCCACCGGGAGGCAGGGCAGGAGAUGCGUGGCUAAGCAGAAUGUCGGAUAUUCUGAUGAGCUUUGAAGUAAACCUGGUUUUGGUCAAAGGAAACGUGUGCAAAAACUUCACGGAAAGGUGCAUGGCCAGCAGGAUAUUGGUAAUUGGCUGCGUGGCUCGGGAUGUGCUGUGUGCCUUCGGGGCAGCCACUGGUGCCCAGGCAGUGACGUACCUGAGCCAGCUGGACGCUUCCUCUAUCGGGAAUGGGGCCUGGGCGGAGCUGUGGAAGAGCGGCGAUGGGCGCGCGGUGGGUCUGGGUGAGCUGCUGCCGGCGCGGAUCAGCGCGGCAGGCAUCCCCCUGCUCACGGCCGUGCUCACCACUGCCCUGCCGUGCAAGGCGCAGCUCCUCGAGGACCAGUUCUGGACUUUGCUGUAUCGACUCCAUCACGCUCUAAAGGACGGGAAGGUUUUUCCCGGGGGCGGUGCAGUGGAGCUCUUGUGCCUCAGUCACAUCCAGGCGCUCGCAGAGCAGCCCGGGCAACCGGGAAACGACAAAGUUUUGAGAGAGCUUCCCAGUCACUGGCUGGCAGAGUAUAAAUCCAUUGUGCUCCAGGCACUGGCAAGUGGCUGGAAGCGGUACCUCUCCGUGCUCCUGUGUAACACUGCGAAGGCAAGUUCGGAGCUGGAAGCAGAUGCCUCCGUGGAUCGUCACCUCCAGAAAGCAGCGGCCUGUGGCUCUCCCUCAGCUUACAUUUUGGAAGGGUUUAGGAGAGGUGGAGUGCUCAGGAGUGGCUCUGAACCCUUCCCUGGCCUGGUCACAGAUGUAAAGGUUUGUGAUAACGUUGCGGCCAAGACAGAGGCGUGGAGGAGAGCUCUGGACCUGGUGCUGCUGGUGCUUCAGACUGAUGCCGAAAUUAUCACAGGCCCCAGAAGGAAUCAGAUCCUGAACUCGCCUCUGUCAAGCGAAUUUAUGUUUCUAUAGGAUUUUGAGGAUUUGUAAGUCCAUGAGUCAAAUUUGUAAGUCCGUGGGAGAAGCCUGGGUGCAACCUACAUGUCUUUAUAAAGCAAACAGUGGGGUGUGAUUGUGACUUUAGAAUCUAACAGCAGAAGUCAGAAUGAGAGACAGUCACAAGUUAAUUUUUAUUUCUAGAAAUGAGAAUUAAAUAACAAACAAAAAACCACUUGUGGGUUUAUCUCUAACCCAGGCCAUGCAUUUCCAGCUAAUGGUAUUGCCUGUAUGGAUGUCCCCUAAUGUCUUCUGAAGAAAGGUGGAGAUCUCUUACAUUACAUUGCUGUACUUGUGUUAAAUGAAAGAAUAUUCUGUAAUUAAUUCUUCAUUAAUACCUUGUUCUUAAUUUCUGUACAUUGCAAACGUAAGAGUUAAAUUUGAAAUAAUGUGAGUGUUACAUUUUAUACUGAGAGGUUGUAUGAAUAGAUUCUAUUUUUGCAUAUUUAUAUGGUCCAUACAUCUCUGAUUUCCCAAAGUAGACCCUCUGGAAUUUCUCAGGUUUUGACCAAUUCAGGCUGAAUCCUUCCUUUUGUUGUUACAGACUGAAUGCAUCUCUACACAACACUUCCUUUUACAUUGCCAAGUGGAUUUUUAGGUCAUUCCUAUGGGGUCUUUCAGCGAUCCCUGCAGAGAGGAAAGUGUUGCUGUGAGUUUUAGGUGCUGGCUAACAACUGAGAACGAAUCUCUCCUGGUGACUGAGGCACGGCAUUUUUGCUGUGUUACAGCACUGACAGUUUGAAAGCUGGGCACUGGAGAGCUGGCCCUUCAUUGCAAGAGAGGGGUGUGUAACUAUGGAGAUAUUUUUUUUCUGAACUUGGCAUUCUGAGUCACAGUGAAAGUAAAAUGUCUCACCAGUCUGGUGAAAAUAGAAUGGAAAACGAAUGGAAAUGGUGAUGCUAAAGAGGAUCCUUGCAUUCAAGAACUUUCUCAUGAAAAUGCUCAUGGCUGGCUGCACAGAUAAUGAAAUUCAUCCACAAAUAAGGUUUAGAUACUUAUUGGGGGUAUCUGUGUAUUAAAGUCAUGUUGCAUCUCUGACCUGAAACUAAAUGUUCUGGUUUUCUGUCAGAUCCCAGAAUUUGGUGGAUUUUGGAAAAUACUGUAGGAGCUUAUAAUUUUAAUUUGGAACAGUAGUUCCUAGCAGCAUAAGGAUCUCGUUAGAUUACAGUUUUGAUCAUCCUGCAAUUAUUAUUUUCAUUAUUGAAAGGUUGGCAGUUUAAUGUGUAGCUGCUGGGCCGCACUCUUGAUGUACCAAGCUGUGAGAAAGAGUCUGGUAGAUCAAAAGAGACGAAAAGAGCUGGGGGCUGUUAAGUGAGAAUGAAAUGGAAACACAACAUAUAAAUAAAUAUAAACAGACUCUGCUGCUCUGCAA